AGCGCCGCUGUCACUGUUAUGGUCCUGUCAGGGCGCCGGCGUCCCGGUGCCUGGGUGGUCGCGGCCGAGAGGACUUUGGUGGGCCAGUUUCGGGGGCGCCCUUGCAGCCGGCCGCGCUCGUCUUCGGCCUCGCCCGCAGCCUGCACCUCCCGGCUCGCAGGCCGCUUCCCAGGGCGGGCGUGCGGGUCGGCGCGGCGGCCUCCGCGGGGCCUGGGCCCAGCCGCAGCCUCCUCGGCCGCUGCCGGCUCGGAGGGGCCGCGAGAUGCAGCCGCCAGGCCCGCCGCCGGCGUAUGCCCCGGCUAACGGGGACUUCACCUUUGUCUCCUCCGCUGACGCCGAAGAUCUCAGUGGUUCGAUAGCAUCCCCAGAUGUCAAAUUAAACCUUGGUGGAGAUUUUAUCAAAGAAUCUACAGCUACUACAUUUCUGAGACAAAGAGGAUAUGGCUGGCUUUUGGAAGUUGAAGAUGAUGAUCCAGAGGAUAACAAGCCACUCUUGUAUAGAGAUGUAGAAGACCUUAAUCUUUUGGGUCAAAAGCCAAUUGAGUUCCUAGAAAAUUAUCUGUUUAUUUGGUACAAAAAUAUUAAUUGCAUGAUUUUUCCCCCCCUUAAGGUCGUCUCAUGGAUUAUAACCAUUUGGAUAUUUGGUUCACUAACAAUUUUCCUACUGGCCAGAGUUCUUGGCGGAGAAGUUGCAUAUGGCCAAGUUCUUGGAGUUAUAGGAUAUUCAUUACUUCCUCUCAUUGUAAUAGCCCCUAUACUUUUGGUGGUUGGAUCAUUUGAAGUGGUGUCCACACUUAUCAAACUGUUUGGUGUGUUUUGGGCUGCCUACAGUGCUGCUUCAUUGUUAGUGGGUGAAGAAUUCAAGACCAAAAAGCCUCUUCUGAUUUAUCCCAUCUUUCUAUUAUACAUUUAUUUUUUGUCUUUAUAUACUGGAGUGUGAUCCAGGUCAUACAUGGAUAGAAAAGGGUGAAAUUACUUUGGUGUGGAGGCUGGGAAUUCUUGUUGAAGUAAUUGGAGAAAACCUAUUGCUGAUAAAAUGUUACAUGUUCCAAUGCAAAGGCAGGUUUAAGGUCUUUUUAAAACAAUAUUUUUUGUAUUUAAUUAAGCAGUUACAGUUACCUGAGAUUUUCGGUCAGAAUUCUAAAUUCUGUUUGAUUCUAUAUUCCAGUGAAUAAAAUAUAAAAGCAUUGUGUUUUUAA